GUUCGACACACCUCCAUAACCGGCACCAAGAAGCAACUGCACCGCUCUUUUUUGUUCCGCCACCACGACAAACGUGAUGCUGCUGCUGCUGCGAAGAAGCUUGGGGAGGAUGGGCCAGCACAUGCUGGCAUCAUCAGCAACAACAACAACAACAACAACAGCAACAACAGCAACAACAACAACAGCAACAGCACUGGUGGGGAGAGCAAGCAGGAGAUUAACGGAGACGGUGCCGUCACUGCUUCGAGCAGCAAGGCGAACGCUAACAACGGCAUCGGCGACGACAGCAGUCGCACGACAUGUGCAGCGGCAGUGCAUGGCUGUACCGAGGCCAAGGAGUAUGCUCCAGCCUCGCGUGCUCCUUCAACAGCGUGCACACAUGUCCACAUUUCAGAUUGUGAAGCAAAAAACGCGGCGAGUCCUCCUGAUAUCUGCUGGUGUGGCUGGAGUUGGUGUAGUGGGCUACCUCAUGUUCAAGACCUCGUCGUUCAUGAGUUCGCUGACGUUCAAGCACGUGACGUACUUUGGGUUCUAUCUCGGUGGUAUCACAACUGGGCUAGCGGUGGUUGGCUUUGCCAUCCUGUAUCGCCGCUACUGCGGGCUUCACCCGGAGGCGCUGUACAAGGACGUGUUGCGACGUGUAUCCAAGACCCCGGUUGUUGUCGACAAGUUUGGUGGACGCAUGUCUGUGGGCCAGUUCAAAGCAUACGCACCAACAGGCGGCUUGAUUCUCGACACGACCAAGUGGCUCCCACGCAUUAAACACGAGAAGAGUGGGCUGCAGAUGAUGUUCCAGCUGCACGGCCCAAAGGACUCGGCCAUGUGCAGCAUUGAGGCGCAGGCAGCCGGCGCGUCGCACAAGAUCAGCUCGCUCGCACUCGACUUUACAGACGGCCAGCGGUUCGUGCUUGCAGGCAAACCGGAGGACGUCGUGUUCAAGGGGCUGACAAAGCUGCGAUGAGCGUGGCAUCGUUUUUGGUGGCGGUGAUUCUGGAGAGUAGCAGGACGCGUGUAGUAACCAGGGGGUGGGCGUGUCGUGUGUGUGUGUGUGUGUGUGUGUGUGUGUGUGUGUGUGUGUGUGUGU